AUGGGAAAUUUCAAAAUCACCAGUUUUGUCGCUUUGCUUUUCUUGGGCAUUUGCGCAACACCUACAAAUGCGCAUUUCAAGAAAAAAUUCGGUGGCUUUGGUGGCGGUUUUGGCGGCGGUUUCGGUGGUGGUUAUAGCGGUGCGUAUGCCAGUAGUAGCGUUAUAAACAAUUACCAAGCAGCGCCAGUGCCAAUACCGGUACCAGUUUCGGUGCCACAGCCCAUUCCUGUGCCCAUAGCGAAAGUGGUGCCUGUGCCAGUACCCAUUUCGGUACCCGAACCUGUGUGGCCUGGCGGCGGCUGGGAUGGUGGUUAUGGUGGUUACGGCGGCUAUGGCGGUUAUGGUGGUGGACAGAGCUUUGCAUCGGCAUCUGCAUCUGCAUCGGCUUCGAGCUUCGGUGGCGGUUAUGGUGGCGGUUUGGGAGGUUUUGGUGGGCAUGGCGGUGGUUUUGGAGGCUUCGGCAAACAUGGAUUUGGCGGAUUUGGUGCUUGGAAGCGGCGUUAA